GAAAUGUUUCUCUGUUCUGGGUUCACAUGAACCGCAAACGCACAAUUGACAUUCAAAGACAAAAACACCGAAAUCUGGAAACCGAGUUAUGAUCGAAUCAGUUUCAGUAGCAAUUGAAGCAGAGAUCUACCGAUGAAUGCAAAGAAUGGUUAAUCGGCGAGGGCACCAUCACCUUCCCUUAUCCAGACACAGAAAAUCCUCCUUUUUCUCAAUCACUUUGUACGUGAUCCUCAUUUUUUCACUCUCAAUCUUCACUUUCCUGCUCUACAGCAGCUACGUUUUGCAAGAAGACAAUAAGGUGCCGCUUCUGAGAGUUGAGAAGCCCAAAAUCAACAAGUUAUUAGAUGAUCAACUUUGGAAAACUCCUUCUGGUCUUGGUUUGCGGCAGUGUGUCAAGCGAACAAGUAGAUAUAGAGCUACUCCAGUCUCAGAUCACUACAUAACUGUAAAAAGUAAUGGAGGACUAAAUCAAAUGCGCACUGGGAUAGCUGAUAUGGUGGCUGUGGCACACAUUAUGAAUGCUACACUAGUGAUACCUCAACUUGACAAGAGUUCAUUCUGGCAGGAUAGCAGUACAUUCUCUAAUAUAUUCGACGAAACCCAUUUCAUCAAAUCCCUGGAAAAGGAUGUGAGGAUUGUGAAGAAGCUUCCUAAAGAAUUAGAAUCUCUACCUCGUGCUAGGAAACACUUCACCUCAUGGGGUGGUUUGGGCUACUAUGAAGAAAUGACUACAUUAUGGAAGGAAUAUCAGAUAAUUCAUGUUGCAAAAUCAGAUUCUAGACUUGCAAACAAUGAUCUGCCCCUUGACAUUCAGAGAUUGAGAUGCCGUGCUUUGUAUCACGCUCUUCGUUUUUCUCCAUCUAUUGAGAGUCUAGGAAAGGGUCUGAGCAUAAAUGACCGAAUCAGAGGAGCUCCGAACAAUGAGGUGAAAACCUUUUGA